GUAGAAAAUUGUAAACAUUUGUUUGUAAGAUAAUUUUUCACACUUCAUAUUUUUGAAUUUAUUUUCUAUUCAUUUUAUUUUUAUUUGAUUUUGUUUCUUUUUACAGUUUUCUCAUUAUUUUUGUCGAAUUUCUCCCUUUCGGAUACAAAGGACGAAGGGAAAGAGAAAGAGAGAGCUUCUGUUGACAAACUUAUAAGAAAGACGAUAAAUGAGAAGAAUGAAGGUGCGAUCCAAAGUCACGAGACGUAACGCAAUUUCUCGAAUGGGAGGCAGGACCAGAAGUUGUAAUUAUACUUAUCUUAGUGAUAUUCUUGGAACGGUUUGUUCGACCCCUCCUUGAGUUUACUGAGAACCAAGUGAGAGGAGGACGGAUUGAUUUCUUGGUGCUUGAGAAUGGAAAAAGAAAGACGGAUAAGAGAGGUAGACUGCAAGGAGCAGAAAAAGAGGAAAAGAGAAACGACGACGACGACGAAGACGAAGACGAUGAUGAUGAUAGAAAUCUGAGGUGGGGACACAACUCUCUGAGGAUGAAAGUUACAUAUAUACAUACAGAGAGAGGAUUCUGAUCGCAGAAGACAAAAGUCACGAAUCCUCCUUGCUCCUUGACAAGCGCGAGCUUUGAAAAUUUAAUGUCAUAAAGUAAUUCAUUACAUUUUGUCUCUUGGUUUUGAAAUCGUCUUUUUUCAAAGAGGGAAAAUAACAAUAUGAAGAGAAUUAUUAUUUUAUUCAUCGUUCUUGGAUUUAUUUCACUUGCCGUUAGCAAGCAUCUCAAGGACAGCAGUUAUUUGAAUCACGUGCAAUUGGUUCAUGAAUUUAGAUGCUCCUUUCCUCAACCGCGUGCUGUUUCAGUGGAGGAAUUGCUGACAGUUGGACCAAGUGCUGAUGAAAUUUUUUAUCCGCCCUCGACAGUAUUGGCUCGAUGUGGAGGUUCCGGAUGUUGUCCGAUUAAUCAAAUUUGCGCUCCAGCUGAAUCGAGAAAUGUCAGUCUUGUUUUCAUGGUAAAGCAUGCAAUUGAUCGUCAAAGAGAUCGACAUCACGAGAUCAUACAUGCCUUGGAACACACAAGAUGCGAAUGUGUGGAUGAGAAACUUGUCGUUUCUUUGUAAUUAUUAUUGCCUUAAAAAUUUUCAUUGCGCAAGAAUAGAUUUUAUUCGCGAAAGCUGCUACUUUCUUCAUCCAAAAGUAGAACGAGAAUUUGUUCGAUUAAAAACAGUUUAAAACUUUAUCCGUCAGGAAUUAAAUAUUUAUUUCUAAAGUUUUAAACUUCUGACAAAUAUUUAUAAACUCUACAUUUUUUUAGUUUGUUUUUCUCUUUGUAUUAAUUUUUAUUUGAAUAACUUCAUUUUUUUCGCUUUAUUUAAUUUAUCAUCAAAAUUACAAAAAUUCAAGUUUCAUCUGUUUAUUAACGUAAAUAAUCAACUAUUUUUCAAAUCUUUUUUUGUUUAGUGAAUUGCAAAAAAAUUUGAAAUCACAAAAGAAUGUAACGAACGAAUUAAUUAGAAUUUACUUUUAAAUAAUCGGUUUUUCUGUAUUAUGAAACUUUGUAAUUUUUCUCUUAGUAUUUGCAUAUUAUUAUCAUU